GAAGGGUGAAGCUAACUGGAGGUAGCAUUAGCAUGCUAGCGGACUGACUCCACACAGGUGUUGCCAGAUUGGGCCAGAUUUCCCGCCGAAUAUGGAGACCCUGGGUCCAGCGCGCGGCAGCCAGGGUAAUCUGGCCCAAUCUGGCAACAAUGACAGUACAGUGGUCUGCGCGGAGUCGGGCUGUGCAAACACCGGUAUCCGGACUCUCGGCUUAGAUCAGUGAUUCCCGUUCAAUAAGUUGAAACCCAUUUCGACAGGUGGUGGUUGGGUUGUUGGACCGGACCCUCGGAGGUGAGAUGAUGUCGCGGCGGCGGACGGACGGCCGCGUCGGGCCGGCGGCAGCGGGGUUGCUGAGCUCUGUCCUCACGACCAUCAGCACGGAGCCCAUGGAGGCCGGCUACGAGUUCACCGGGGAGCUGGGACGGGGGAAGUUUGCGGUGGUGCGGCGGUGCGUGGAGAAGGCAACGGGCAAAGUGUUCGCCGCCAAGUUCUUGAAGAAGCGUCGGCGGGGGCGCGACUGUCGCGCCGACGUCCUGCACGAGAUGGCGGUCCUGGAACUGGCUUGGGACAACCCCCGCGUGGUCAACCUGCAUGCUGCCCAUGAGACGGACCACGACAUCAUCCUGGUGCUGGAGUAUGCGGCCGGAGGGGAGAUUUUCGACCACUGUGUGUCUGACGAGCUGCUCCCCGAGGCCCAGGUCACGCGGCUGAUCCGACAGAUGCUGGAGGGAGUGCAGCACCUCCACAGCAGCAACCUGGUGCACCUUGACCUCAAGCCUCAGAACAUCCUCCUGACCCAGCAGUCCCCUCCAGGGGACAUCAAGAUCGUAGACUUCGGUCUGUCUCGUAGGCUGGGCACCGCAGGCGAGCUCAGGGAGAUUCUUGGCACACCUGAAUACGUGGCGCCAGAAAUUCUAAAUUAUGAGCCAAUCUCAACUGCGAGUGACCUGUGGAGCGUGGGGGUGAUCUCCUACAUGCUGGUGACGGGCGAGUCUCCCUUUGUGGGCGAGGACAAGCAGGAGACGUACCUGAACGUGUCCCAGGUCAACGUGGACUACAGCGGGGAGGCCUUCUCCCGCGUGUCAGAGCUAGCUGUGGACUUCGUCCGCAAGCUGCUAGUCAAGGCCCCCGAGGACCGGCCCAGCGCUGCAGAGUGCAUCAGCCACCCGUGGCUGUCUCAGCCCCCCCAGCCCUGCCUCAGCCCCGAGCUGGCCCCCGCCCGCCUCGGGCCCCGGGAGCGCUGCAGCGGCUCCAAGUGGGCCGCGCCCCCGGAGGACCCUGAGGACAAGGAGAACUUCCUGGACUCGCCGCGCGCCAGUGCCAAGCGCUUCCGCUUCGACGAGGAGGCGGCGGCGGCCCGGGACGGGGACUUCUAACGCGGCAGGGGGUAGCGCUUCAGGGCCGUCCACGCGGGGUGUAUAAUGUUUUAUGUGACUAAAAACCGCCGCCAGGUCUACUCCGCUCCACCCCCCCCUCGUCUCUGCCCACCAGCACUUACCCCCCAGGCCCCCCUCACACCAAAGAUAACCAGCGCUGACCUGUCAUCAGCCAUCCUCCUCUCUAAAUCCACAGUCCGUGUGUGUGUGUUGAAUAAUAUAAAGGUAUUGAUCUAAAACUGGUAACACGGUUCAUAUAGUUUGCUGGCAUUGGGUUUUCUUGGUGUCCUUUUAUCAUAAUGUGUCUGGGUGGGGCGCCUCAAGGGACAUCUAGGCAGUGCUCUUCUUCCAGAGGCUUAAGCAGGACUCAAAGACCUCCCAGACGCUGGGUGUCCCUCCCCGCCCGAGGCCCUGAGGUAACUCCAGUGUCGUUGUCAGGGUUUGGUUGUCUUGCACGAGUCCUGAGGUAAUGCACUUGUUUUGCAUGCCACCAUAGCGUGCAAACAAACGGCACGUUUCUUUUACCGUGUCCUUUCAACUUAAUGCGGGUCGACUCUUGCUCGACUUUCUUUCUUGAAUGUGAGGGAUACCUAUUGUCCUAAAUUCAUUUGUUUUAUCUCAAUCCGCCUUUUUUGUCAGUUUUGACCAAACUCGAUUGAGCAUUUCAGCGCUCUUCGUCAUCCACUUCCCUCUGGGUUCCUGCGUCUAACGAUGACUGUAUUGUUUCCCAGGUGUCGAGCCAGGGUUUGGCGUAAAAGCCUCUCUGUGAAGACGUACUCCUAAGCCCAAGCAUUCCCUUAUUCCCUUCACAUUCCCUGACCGAACCAUUAUUAUAUUCAUGAUUUUGAGGGGGGUGUUCUAAAUAUGCACUAUGAGUUCCCAAUAAAUGAAGGUUCUUGUUGAUAGUUUUUAGCCUCGUAGCAGCAGCGGUGUCCUUGACAUUCCGCUUGAUUGCUUCAUAUGAAUCUAAACUAACUUGAAACUGUACCAGCACGAACACCGUGAGUCAUCCGGUAUCUGGCAUGGCACGCCCCACACUUCCUCACACUUUAUCAGAGCACACAUAACACUGUGGCCCUGACUUACUGAGCGCCAGGGCAUUGAACAGGUGUGGCCGUGUUUCAGUCACUGCUGAUACAUGCUUCAGUGCUUUCAUAGCAUUGGCAAAAAAAAGCUCCCCUGAGCUAAGCUACUUCUCUCUGGGCGGGGGCGUCUUUUAAAGCUGCUUUUUGACUUGCUGGUCCCAGGGCGGGGGAGGUAGGCUGGGAGGGAGAGCCCUGAGCGGGUCACCUGGAAGUCGGUUGUGAGGUGGGCUAGGAGGGAGAGACAGGUCAGCUGGUAGCCGUCUGUCCCCCCCCCCCCCCCCCAUGACCCUGGUCCUCCUACCUAGUCCUUCUCUGUCCACUGUGCCUCUUCAUGUUCCAUCACCUUGUUUUUAUAUGCUAUAUAAUAUUAUACUUGAGUCUAUUAUUUAUGUGUGUUUUCUAUUUGUUUAAUGUAAAUUAAUGUUAUUUUUCCUUUUUAUUUGGUUCAAGUUGAGGGUGGGGUCAGGAGGUGACCUCCUCAGAAGGACGUGAUGGUCGGAAGCGGGGAAAGCAAAGAAAGAGUUCUGAAACGGUACUGAGGAAGUUUGAAUUAAGGAUGGCGUCUGAUUUGUCGGCUAGGUUGACGAAUGGGGAAGUAGGGAGGUAUAAGGUUGGUGAGGGAGAGGACUGCGUCACACACAUUGGCUGGUCUGAGAUUAGAUGUGUAUAAUAAAGUGUUAAAAUCAAUGUUGUAAACAUUAAAAUAUUCCAGGUGGGUUGGGCUGGUAAACACUUGAGAUGUGUCCUCGUAAUGAACUGGAGCAUUGAUAAUUGAAUCGUCGUAUUGAUCUUCCUGGAUCCUUGACUCAGAUGAGAUGAACCACCACGUUCUUCUCUACUCCCUUUUAUACACACUGGUGCCAAAGCAAAAGAAAGCAUGAAAAGCACUGCAUUGUGCUUGACGGUUGUCCCUUAGUGUUUGUUUUUUAAAUGGAGAUGUCACCAGCUGACACUGGGGCCUUUGUCCGGGAGUCAGUCAGAGCCAGGCCACGCUCGGUCUGAUGCGGUCACUGUCCCGGGGCCCCACCAACAACCCCCCCACUGCAGGGAGGGUCUGAACAGCACAUCUGUAAUCCGACCUCAUCCAGGACAUUUCCCUGGUUUCACAUCACUUGUGUGUUGGGAAAUUGGCUCCAAGAAUCCCGACUCAGGUCCGUGUGAAUUGGUGACCUCCAGGAGACUUUCUAUGCAAGGUCGAGCUCGUCCACCCUGCCAUGUCUCGCUGGCUGUCAUUAAAACGUGUUUUUUAAUACUGGAGCUGAGCGGUGUGGUCGCCUCAUGCAGGCGAUCCCUGUAGCUGUUGACGGUGCAGUCUUUAUUUGACAUACUGGAGUUCUCGGUGUGUGCGUCACUUGAAGUCUUCACUACUCUGCGGUGGUGGAGCUCAUUGUCUUGGUGGCUGAGGCGAGUGUCCCCUUGUUUAUUGUGCUUUGCUGUGCGAACGCGAGGUGCUCGGUUUACACACGUCGGGUCAUUGUCAAGAACUGGAGCACCAGCGGUGAUGUCACUCCUGGUGAUGUCAUCCCACAUUCCUGUUAAUGAGGUGCUGUUUUGCACGUUCAGGGAAAAUAAACAAAGGCAACUUCUGAGUUGCAACUCAACUCGGUGCGAAGCACAAGAAAAUGUUUAAUUAUUAGAGGAAUGUGUAUAUUCUGAAUUUUGUUCUUAUGUUUAUUUGUUCAUGUAUACAUAUUGAUUUGAUAUUAAACAUUGAUUAAGAAAAAAGUAUAUCAAAUCUACUGUUUGAUGGACCACCAGCUUAAAAGGGUAGCUUCUUUGGACAUGAAGUAGCUAACCGAAAAGCCAAUAAAAUAUUUUAUUAGAACUUCUAA